AUUAUUUUAGCUCAGAGCACUUUCAUUCUGAGAUUCAGUUAUUUUGUUCUCCUUUUGUUAGUGUGCCCUGUUCAGGGCUACCACAACACAAAUGCUAUCUGUCAUUUUCGUCAAACAUGGCCGCGUGUAGCUGAAAGUUAUCGCGUAGUUUUGAGAAAUUCGAUUGUGUUCCGUUACUUUUUAGUCGUAAAAAAGUGAAAUGAACGGUGACGGUGAUAGUGAAUCGUGGUUAUCAGGAUGGGAACAACAAUGUGCCGAUUCGGUAGACGAGCAGCCCGACUUCGAGCAAUCCCUUCGUGACGAAUCCGAGAAUUCUCAUACGCGAAUAUGGACUGCUUUUCAAGACUCAGCCGCAGCUAUAGCACAGUUGUAUCGCGAUCGGGUUACAGGAGAACCGGCGACGCUCUGGUUGCAAUUUCAGACAGCUGCGGGGACAGUUACUUCGUUAUAUAAAGAAUCUUCAGAGGGGCUGCGGAAAUCCAGCGACUUGGCGAAACAAUGCGGAUACCAAAAACGAAACAAGGAAAUACUCAAUUGGGCCAAGCGGAAACGGCGUUUGAUUUGCAGAGAGGAUCUCCUCGCCUACCUCUCAGGAAAGCUUCCACCUAAACCCAACCACCACCACCAGUACCAUCACCACAACCACCACAGGUCAGUUUCUCCUAAACCCAACCUCAAUCUCCUGUACUCGCAUUUUAAUUAUGGUGUGUUCCACAGUAGGAUUCCCAUGUCUCCUCGCCCUAGGAACAUAUCGCCGCCUCCUGGAGUCUCUCCUCCAGAAUCUUUGGGUCUUAAUAGUGAGUUACACACCUUCAGGGAGGCCUUGGCGCGAUCACCCUUGUCUUGUAUUGCUCGCGGCCCCGAUUUGUGCGCUUUUAUCACAGGUGAAAUGGCUAGGCAUUGUAAACGACCGGCGAGUCCUUCCGAUGUUACAAUGGACAGUCCUACACAACAAAAAAGACCUCGUUAUAUGUGAGAAACGUCAUCAGUCCUGCAAUUUUCCUACUCGUUCAAUAGUUGCAGUUGCCUUCCGUUUUGUAUACAGUUUUUCAUUUGAUUUUUGGUGCUUUUAAUGUUUUUUUUUACGUCUGUGAUAAUUGCCUGAACUUAUUAUUUUUUUUUUAAAGUAGGAAUGCGGUAAUCUCGGAUUUUAGGGGAUUGAGGUAAUUGGUCAUUCUUUUAAAUAAAUUGUUUUUGCUACAAAACGUGCGACGUGCAGGAACGAUGGGGUAAAUAUCCAUCAUUAAAUAUUCAGUGAAUAAAAGUAGUUUAUUAUUCAUUAGAUUGUAAGGCAAUGAAAAAUAAUACAAAAAAUUGGCCAUUACGAAAUUGUAAAUAAGUUCAUCUUUUGUUAAAUACUUGUUGAAAAUUUCUUAUUGAUUUUUUUAAUCUUAUAAGACAAAUCAUUAUAUUGUAAUAUAGAGGUGCCUCGGUCGAUUUUUUAUAAUAUGAAGCCUUCCAAUUUUUUGAGAAUUGAUAUAUAUUCAAGACACAGACUGCCACUUUAUUAUAUUUAAUUAAUUUAUUUAUAUUGAGAGGUUGAGAUUGUUGAUAUCGGGAUUUUUUUUUGAAAAUCUUUUAUUUAAAAAGAUACCGAGUCUCAGGUUUGCUAAAUACGAUCUACAUACACGACUUUAUAUUGAUUUAUCUUGUAUUCCAAUUGUUAUUCUGUAUAGUUGCAAGAUUCUUAUUUUCAACAAGUGUUAAUAGACUGUACGAAUAUUUGCACAUAUUUAUUUAAUUAAAAUUAGUUUUUUUAAACCUUUGUUACAUUGUUUCGGUACUUUUAAGAUUCAAUCAUGUUUUUGAUUUCUUCAGUGAUGUAAGUGUUCUGUAAAUUAUUAUUGGUCUAAAUAUAUAUAUAUUGGUCUAAUUACA